CGCGACAAUGCAUCGCCACGUAAUCAUUUCAGCAGUGUUUCAGCUUCUCAUUCCCAGUAGCAGCAGCAACGUCUCGAUCCAGAAGCAUCGAGGAGAGGAUUUGGAGCCGUCACCACCUGCGGACCUAGCCUGUCUUCCGGAGUGGAAUUUCCUGUCCCUUCCGUUGGAUUUGGUCCCGUACAAAUGGAUAGAUGAGGAAUUCACCACGUUAAACGAAACCAAAGUUCAACAAUCGAUUAACGGCGGCAGGGUACGGACAGCCAACUUUUGGACCAACGUGUCCCGGGGGAUUACCGAAAUCGAAUCCCUGCUGGAGGGGGCCGGUGCCACGUGGUUGCUCGCAAAGUUAAACCAUACGACCAGUACAAUAAUCGUCCAGGGCCCUAAUCGACAAACGUGCAACUGGCACGUUCUUCAAUGUCUCUCCCGGUUGGAACCGGCAAUAAAACUUUUCCGACUGGACCUUCAGGCCAAGGUUUCCAUCUGUUUGGUUCAGCUCCAGGCGCGCUUGACGAGCAUCCCGAAGACGUUGCUGAAACCGGAACCGGAACGUCAGGCGUCGGCUUCAAUCAGGCAGCUCUCCGGGGACAUCUUCGAGAGCUUCCACCGCACGGCAUCCUGCAUCCGGGGCCGAAUGGAAACGGCUGCCAGUCGGCCCAAGUGGGGUCUGCACCUGCUUCGGUUGGUAUCCGGCUGCCUGACAGGUCAAUAAAUCGUGCCUGGUACCAGUUGGGAGCUCUCCUCUGUAUGCGGUAAAGUUGGGGCGUGACUUUGGUUUCAUCCAUUUAGCCCGGCAGGAAGCCGGGGGUGGGAUGCUCCAUUCUCGUGAUUAGUUUGUAUUUUCUCUUCUCUAGGUUUUUUCGUCUUUGGGUGGAAAUACUGCGUGCUGUGUAGAAUUUUUCCAAGAUAUAUGGAGCCCAUCACGCAAAUCUCCUGGGUCCCAUUAACGUGUGAUUUUUUGCUGCCGUCUUACGAGCCAUGAUGAGAUCUCUUUUGUGUGAUUAAGUGUGAUGAAAUAUUUCCACCUAAGCUUAUAUCCACGAAA